AGCACGCACACACGUGCACACACACAUGCGCACACACACACAGUUGCAUUUCAUUUACACAACAUGAACUUCCAGUUAAAGUUGUCACACAUUUUCACUUGAUCGCACACAGACACGAGCAUCCAAGCAGAAACACACAGACAUUACUUACUGACAUGCUCGUCGACACAAGCCAUAGCCACUGCCUUGAUGGAGAUAAGGUGAUGUAGAAGAAACACAAACCCACUUAUUCCUGAUUUUCACACACGAGAGCACACGGCAGCCAGUUCCUCUCUGAACUCAAAGAUGAAUUCCACGGUGGCCCAGAGUGCCCAAGGUCCUAAAAAUGAGUACCAUCACAUCCUUGCGGCCAUCAACGCCGUGGUUCUGGUGAGCGGCACCGUCAGCCUGAGCCUGAUGAUGCACAUCCUGAAGUCCAGCUCCACAUCCAUCACCUCCAUCGCUGUCCUCAACCUCAUCUUCACCCACUUCAUCUUCCUCAUCACUGUGCCCUUCAGGAUUUACUAUUACGCGACCAGCACCUGGGACCUGGGCGUUGGCUGGUGUAGAAUGAUCAGCAGCAUGAUCCACGUCCACAUGUACAUGUCUUUCCUCUUCUACGUGAUCAUCCUCAUCACGCGCCUCAGGGCGUUCUACCGCAAGGCCGAGCAGCUAGCCUCUUUCCGCAGCAUCCACGCGCUCCUGGUCAGCGCGGCGGUGUGGCUGGUGUUGCUCAUCGUAGUCCCGUUAACCAUCUGUCUUACCUACGGUCAAAACGUCAAUGUCGCGACAAAUGUCACGACAAAUGUCAUGACAGAUGUCACGACAAAUGUCACAGAAUGUUUUAAUUUCGGGAAACACAUACACAAUAAGGCUGGUGUCAGGGAGAUCAAUUACAUCGUGAGCAUGCUGAUCAUAGUGGUGGCUGCCGUGCUGACGGCCCUCCAAGCAAACAUCCUAAGGGUUUUGUACGGGAAGCAUCGCCGGAGAUGCACCUCUCAGCAGGACUUUGGGGCUCAGCUGAAGAGCCUGUGCUUCGCCCUCAUCAUGGUGGUCUGCUUCAUUCCUUACCACAUGUUUCGACUCUAUUACUUGGAACACAUUGGUUGGCAGAACGUCAACGAGGUGUUUCUGAGUCUGACCACUUUCAACUGUUUGGACAUGCUCACUUUCCUGGGAAAGAGACCCUGCUAUAGAUGUGCUUCUUGAGAAUGGCUGUUUGAGUUUAAAGGGGCUUUUGUUGACCUUAUUUUUUGUAACUUUACGCCUUGAGAGCUACAUUCGCAUUAGCUACAAACGCAGCUUCAUCCCCCUAUCGCCACACUGCGCAGACUCUGGCUCCGAAUGAUGUCAUCGCUGCAAAAUAGCAGCGUUCAUCCAGAUAUUUUGGCUUCAUUUCUGGAUAGUGGAAGGAAGUGGAGACACAUCAUCCUUCUUUAAAUACAGUCUAUUCUCUGUGCACAGCCAAUGAAUCCUCUAAUGUGCUAUUUAAUAAAAACGAUUGUGCGACUGGAGAUAGUGGUGCUGCACUUUUUGCUUUUAAACGGUGUAAAAGAAUAUAUACAAAAAUAAAUAUACUGUGUUUUCUGA